AUGGAAUCUAACAUCAAGAAAAAUGAAUUGAUUGAUGAUUUAUGUCAAGCUCUCGCAUUGUUCUUUCAAAUUCGAGAUGAUUAUUGUAAUUUAAUUUCGGAAAAAUAUACACAAAACGAGUCGUACUGUGAUGACAUAACUGAAGGCAAAUUCCCAUUUCCAAUCAUUCAUGCUCUUAACACUCAUCCACAUGAUACUCGACUGAGUGACGUUCUCAAACAAGAAGCUAUUAAAUUAUUACAUCAAUUUGAUUCAAUCGAAUAUACACGAAAUACAUGUCUCACACUAGUCAAUAAAUUUAAUGAACUUAUAGAUAAACGAGAGGACAAUCUUUAUCUGAAGAUGAUUAUUAAUCAACUAGCUGCUAUUUUUCAAGUCCAUGCAGAAAAUAAAGUGGAAUAA